AUGGGCAGUCUUAGCAUAGUCGCAACUGGACCUUGGACUACUACAGAAUUACUCCCCGCAUCCUUACUCACAUCUACAUCUACACACACCCAUCCUUUUGCCUUGCCUUUUCCUAUUUCCCUUUCCGUUUACAUGAUUCUUGCACUCUGCACACCACACCCCGAAUACGCAAAACCAACACGACCCCACCCAAACCAAAAAAAACCCCUCAGGUAA